UAGGUAUUGCGCAUUUCUCCGAUAAUUCGCGUAGAUCCGUCCAGAACACCUGGGCGGGGAGUUAGGAAUGCACUUGGAAGCGGUUCCGUCGGAAAGGGCCGUGGAAGCGUCGCCGUCGGCGUCAAGCUCCACGUCGGUGUCGUCACCAGAGUCACCGGCAGCGUCGGCCACCGCCGUCUAUGAACGAGUGGCGGAUUUCCUGUCGAAUAUGCGAUCAGUAAAUCCGGAAGUUGUGCGAGCGACAGAUCCCUGGUACGCCUUGCGCUUCUUUGGCCGCAUGUUGCGGGAACAAGAUAAGACCUACUAUCACCUGAGCCGCAGGACAGAUGAGCUCAAGGUGUUUUGGAGCCAUUCCUGGCAUGGAUCCGCACAGAGCAAGAUCUUGGUGUUGUUGCUGAUGUACAACGGCUUCGCAGCGAUUUUUGUGGGCAAUCUGGUGGCGUUGACCGCAGUUGCCUUGAGCUCAUAUGGGCUCCUACCGGGCUACGAAUGGUCACCUAUCCUGGAGCCGGAGGAACAUUACAUCGCUGCACCAUGGGGUGUGUCGCUGGGAUGCCUCUCCGCUCUGAUUACCUUGAUCAUUUGGCGUCCAAGAAGCACUCCGAUCUUCCUGGACCGCGCUUGCAUCAAUGCCGAAGAUCACACCAUGCAAAUGCAAGGGAUCCUCAGUAUCGGGGCCAUGCUCAAGCAGUCGGAGUCCAUGCUGGUUCUAUGGGACACCACCUUUGUGGAGCGUUUGUGGUGCAUUUUUGAGAUCGCCGCAUACUUGCAGAGCCACAAGGGCCGGGAGCAGUCGCUGGUGGUAAGGCCGACGGCGCUCGGGGUCAGCACGCUGGCGGUCUUUGGCCUCACCGCCUUCCGCUCAAGCGUCCAGGUGGUGAUCUCCUAUUCCGACUUGGACCCCGCCAAAGCGGCGAUGUUCAACGUCGUCGUCACCGGCUUCUCCAUUCUGUUCUUCGGGCUCACGGCGAGCCUCUUCCGGGCGCACUUCGCGUCACUGGAGACGAUGCAGGCACAGCUCAGCUCGUUUAGCAUGAAGGACGCCAAGGCCAGCUGCUGCAGCCUGGGCCAUGUGAGUCCCUCAGGGGUGCCAGUGGCCUGCGAUCGAGUCAUCCUCACCGAGUGCAUCGAGAAGUGGUUCGGCUCCGUCGAGGCCUUCGAAGAGUCGGUGCAGACCCAGGUGGCCGAAGCCUUGAAGAAGAGCAUGGGGGACCGGGUGAUCUUUCCCAGGGCCUGGUUGGUGGGCGUGGCCAUCCCGGCCUUCUGGGCGACCCUGGACAUGGCCGCCUCGCGGUGGCGGGCGGGCGAGACGGCCAAGGGCAACGUGGUGCUCAUCCGUGCGGUGACUUGGUGGUUGGGGGGCGCGCCUUUGGUGCUGUCCUUGGCCUCCGGACUGGGCCACAUCUUCCGGAAGCGCCGGCAGAAGGUGUGUGACCUGGCCAUCACGGGGCUGAUGGGCGUUCUCAUGGCGCUGAUGUUUGCCGGCAUCGCCGGUAUACAGAUUGUCCUCGAAGAAGGAAUGCAAAACCUGGAGGCAGCGGUGGUGUUCUUGGUGAUCGUCGAGUGCUUGCUGUGCCUGGUCCUCCGGCCUCGGUGCUCAGGCAAGGCUCCAGCCUUCGACGCAAGAAGAGGCCACACAACUACGGACCUCGGACAAGGAGACAGAUGCUGACGCACGUGGUCUGAAAACUUUUGCAGGGCUUUCGUGCAGAUGGCGCGAACAAGUACGCCCUGAUUUCGAGGCGUUGCUUGCAAAGCAGGUUAAUUCACUUGAGCAGCGCCAACCCCCAUUGGCCAUUUUAAGUACGUCCACUUGCAGCCUGACUUGGUCUUAUGGUGAUAGCGCGGCCAAUAAAC